AUGUCUACGAUCAUUGUGCCAUGCUCUGAAGGUGACACAGUAAUCUUCCUCAAAGUCGUGGAUGGCGACAAGGAGUAUAUCAUUCUCAUGAGGAAGCGAGACAAGUUGAGAGAUUUGAUGAAAAAGUUCUGGAAAGGAUCGUGCAAGAGACCCCACCCAGCACUCUUUACACACCAAGGUAAGAAAAUCCGAGCUCGCUCCACUGUAGCUUCGCUCGGACUCGUUUGUGGUGAUACAAUCCAGUAUCAAGCCACUGGCGAGAACCCCAAAGAAAUCUUCUACGAAGAGCUCGUCAUACUCGCAGACAGCUGCAAGCAAUUCAGCAAAGGCCUGAUGAUAAUCUUCCACGACAUGCCCGUGGCCUGGUUCGAGUCAGAGGAUGUGGAGGCGCAAAGAGUGCUGCUGAAGCACAGCGUGGAAGAACUCAAUGAUAGAAUGCUAGAUCUCAAGCAUCUUCGCCAUGCGCCCUACAAUCGGGUAUCUUAUGGCUGUCUUACUGCCGCACAAUUGUUCCUCGCGGAAUUCAUGCUCGAAAUGUUCAGCGUCGACGAUAUUUUAUCUAUGAGCGAUGUCGAUCAUAUCCCCGAAGCAAGCACUUCGCAGAGUUUCGGCGAGGAGGAUGACGAAAUCUGUCUCGUCUGCCAUGAGUCCGUCCUCCAGGCUUCGGCCUCUACUACUGGUGCUAACAAGCAGGUCAGCCCAGACGUGGUUAUGGUCUCAUGCUGCCACAAAUUCGCGCACGCUCUUUGUCUUGCCGAAUGGUUCGUGCACAGCGUUUACUAUCAAGACUACCAAACUGAGACGUGUCCUCACUGCAGAACAGCUUACCCUCCCAGCGACGCUUACCCGCUGCACCGCAAAGCGUUGUUUGCCUUGGCUUCUCGAGAACCACACGAAAUUGAGGCAGGACACUGGGCCGCGAUGUGGCAGGAGAUGGAGACUGCUUCACCACUCAGAAGUUGA